CCACAACCACCGCCAUGAUUCCUCCUCCGUAAAAAUGGUUCCCGCCGCGUCCCCAUCCCCAUCCCCUUCCCCUUCCCCUGCACCUUCCCCCACCCCAACAUUCUCCACCCCCCUCACCAUCCUCACAAACCCCAACGCCACCCCCCUCCAUGCAUCAUCCUUAUCAUCUCCGCCGUCCAAGCUCCCCAUCGACUUCUCCCCGCCGCUCAUCGCCAUGGUCGUCGUCGUCGCCACCGCCUUCUUAAUCGUCACCUACUCCCGCCUCAUCUCCCGCCACGUCAUCCCCCCGAUCAUCCGAUUCUCCCGCCACUGCCGCCGCCGUCGCCGCCGCUCCUACCUCCCCUCCUCCAUCGGCGACCUCGACUCCCCGCCCUACGACUCGUCGUUCGACCCCACUGACGGCUUCCAUGUCUUCUCCCCUUACGGCCUCGACGAGUCGGUGAUCAAGACCAUACCGCUGUCGCUCUACACCGCCAAGACCGGCCUCCGGAGCAAGGACUGCGCCGUCUGCUUGAUCGAGUUCGAAGACGACGAGUACGUCCGGACGCUUCCGGUUUGUUCCCACGCCUUUCACGUCGACUGCAUCGACAUGUGGCUCAGGUCCCACGCCAACUGUCCGCUCUGCCGCGCCGGAAUAUUCCGUCCGGAGUCUCCCUUCAUUCCCUUAAUGGCCGCCAGAAUCCGGCCGAGCCUCGACGACGCGCUCCUCCGCAGCAUGGCUCUUGAGCCUCUCGCGGAAACUCCGCCGCGCGAGGCGGAGUCCGCGGCGGAGAUAACUCCCUGCGCGGAGGAGCAAUCGCCCCCGAGGACGGUCAAUUACUGGGAGGACAGAAUCAACGGCGGAGAUUUCGUCCUCAAGCGGUCUUACUCGUUCGGAUUCGAGCGGAGCUCCGCUUCGGAGCGGAUGAUGGUGACGGAGCCGACGACGGCGUCGCCGUGGCGGUACCGGAGAGGCGGAAGCUUCUGGAGCAAGAGGCCGUCGCCGUUCGGGUCGCUGACGAAGCCGCGAGUCUUCUCGUUCCGGUCCCACCGAGGCAUGAACAUGAAGUCGCCUUUCUUCCGGCGAAAGGGCUUCUUCCCGCUGUCGGAGUCAAGCGCGAGAUUCUCCACCGGUGGCGGCUCUUCCCGGCGGACGAAGUCGAUGACGAGCCCUAUGUUCAUGAGGUCGUCGGCGUUGACCGCGGCGGCGUUCUCGUCAAGCCGGCUCCGGUGCGGCGACCCCGAGGCGCUGUUGUCGCCGGAGAGGUUUAACAGAAGAUAAGGAGGUAAAGAACGUGCGUUACAUCAGAGAGCGCAAUUAAAAUUUGGGGGAGGGACACGUGGAGGGAGGAGAUGGAGGGAAGCGGGAGCAAACGGACGGUGGGAGAUGGGGGUCUGGGUGGAAUUAAAGCAAAUGGGGUCGGUUUUAAUGGGGGGAUGAUGGAGAGUUAAAGAAGGCUGGUGUGGUCAUUAAUGGAGAGAUGAGAAGGCAUUAAAUGCCCAGAAUAGACGAGAGAGGGAGUGAAACGCACACAAAACAAAACGAAACGCAGAAAAUUAAAUGGGUUUUGGCGGCAUUUAUUUGUUUAGAAGAAAAAGGUUGGGGUGGCUUUUUCAUGCAGAGCUUUACCUCAUUUUUCUUCACCGACAAUGUUCAUGUGGGGGAAACUGACAAGUCGUUUUUAGGGUUUAGGGCUUGGUGUGGGUGGUGGUGUCACUCUGGCUUUGGUGGAUUAAAGAAGAAGAAAGGUGGACUCAGGAUUUGGGUUCUGGGAUUUGAGAUAGGGUGGUGAUCAGAGCUAGUCAGUGAUUGUCACUGUCCUUGUUUCAGUUGUUUGACUUUGGGACCAGGUGUCCACAUUGGGGGGAAAAGGUCAAUGCGAAAGUGGGUUUUGUGGGGGUUCUUUUUGGGUUACAAUUGUGUGAUGAUGGAGAGUCGUGCUUCAUUUUUCGGGAGGGAAGGAUUACGUGUAAUUCUAUUGAGAUAAUGAGUUUUCAUUUCUUUGAAGAGGUUAAUUGGGGCAAUUUUUUUGUGUUGGCAUAUAUGGAUCAAGCUCAACUACGCUUUACUGUAUACAAUUUCUGUUCUCUUCAUCUUGUAGAAGUAAAUAAAUCGCGCUUUCGAUUCUUCUUUUA